AUGAGCCCUGAUAAAGUUUUCGUGCGCCUUCGGCCAACUGAGGCUGUUCAGGCUGUUAAAAAGGCAAAAAACUGUGUUGUAAUCGAAGAUGAAUGCGAGUUCGAGGCAACCGGCGUCCUCGACAAUGCUUCCCAAGACGAGACUUUCAAAGCUGUUGGUCGUCCUCUGGUUGAAGCAACUCUUCGAGGAAUUUCUUCAACUCUUCUAGCUUACGGUGGCAUCGGAUCGGGCAAGACCUAUUCCCUCUUUGGCGGAAAAGUCAAUCACGAGCGCGGCAUCAUCCCUCGAGCGCUGGAAAUGAUCGUUCAGAAGAUGGGAUCGGCUCAGAUCCAAGUCUCUGCUUAUGAAGUCAGAUCUACGGAUCACAUUGUUGAUCUAUUAACACCAGGGCCCAUUGACUUGGUUACGUGUACUGUUGGCGGGCAGCUUAGAGAUAUUUCAAGCUACCCGUUGAAAGAUGGUCAAUCUGUCAGGGACAUCAUGAAACUGAUCGAAACCAACCGAACAAUCAAUAGUCACCAAAUGACUUCAAUAACGAUACUCCAGCACGAUGAAGCCGCGGGAGAAACGAUCAAAUCUCAACUUCUCUUUGUUGAUCUUGCAUCUGCGGGCCGGAACUCGGUAGUGUCUCGGCAACUGUCUCUUCUCGAGCACGUUGUUGUUACACUUGGCUGCAAGCGGGGAACGCGAGUGCCAUACAGAGAAUGUCGCCUUACUCACACUCUCCAGGCCUCUUUAUCUUCCGAAACAAACACAGCCCUCCUGUGUACUCUUCAACCUGACAAGAAACUUUUGUCAGAAGCUCUGGCAACAAUCCGAUUCGCUUCCAGAGCCUCAAAGAUGCCAAUCUCCCGAGAAGUCCGUGACCGCGCGCCAGAUCCAUUCCUCAAGGUUGCAGAACUCAACAAGGAAAUAGAAACUUUGAAGAGAGAGCUAUCCGUUCAAUCGCUACUUACUCGCGGCAAAAGCACAAUGGGCAUCGAGCCGUUGAACGCGAAUCAGAUUGCAGAAGCUCAGCGACAAGUGGAAGAAUAUCUCGCUGGCGGGCAGUACCCUGAUGUGAUUUCAAACAGACAACUCUGCGCCGUAUUUACAGCCUUUAAACAAGUCCUCGCGAAGGUAUCCGAAGAGAUGAAGCCGAAAGGAGCGCCCACACCAGUUGAAGAUACAAAAGGAAAUAAAAGUGCAAAGACAAGUGCUAAAGGAAAUUCUGGAAAGCAGAAGAACGAUGCUGAUGAUAAACCAGAAACUCCUACCCCUAAGUCUGCCAAGAGAGGAGAUAAAGGCAAAAACGACAAAAAAGAAGCUUUGGAUAAACGAGCAUCUGCUUCGAAGGUCGCGCCUCAGACUGAGUCCACCCUCAGUGAUGAAAUCGAAAAAGAUGCUGGCGCGGAUGAACAUCCUGAGCCGCCAGAGAAGCAAGUGUCGUAUAAAAUGUUCCGCGAAGGAGAGGGACGAGUUGUGGUCCGACUCUUGCGCGAUGCCGAAGUCCAAGCCAUUAAUUUGGAAAAAGUCUCACAGGAACAAGCCGAAAUUUAUAAUGACAGGAUAAAGAUCCGAAACGAACUCAAGCGCAAAGUCAGAAAUACUCCUGAUGAAGUACUCCCCGAUGGCCGCCCCGUCAUUACUGAGGAUAAAUUAGCUGAUAUUCUCAAGCUUAAGAGUUUAAAACAGGAGCUCACCGACGCGGAGAAAAAAUUCCAUGUGUCAAAGGCUAAGGCUGAAUACUGCCGAGAUCAGGCGAGAAAGAUCGCAGAACGAGUCGUCAUUGAAUUCGCCGAGUGGGAAAAAAGAACCUUCGGACUUGAAAGCAAAACUCCAGCUCAGGAAGCAUGA